ACUUGAUCAUGCUCGACAUGGCAGUGUUUUACAUUCAUUAUCUCCCAGGGGAACGUACACGUGUUGUCUUACGCUUUCUACCACGACUCUCACUUGACUCUCACUGACGUGUGCAAUUCUCAAUUCAGCGGCCGAAGGUCCCCAGACACGUCGAAAACUCUGACAUCGAAAAGGAAGAAUGUCGUGGCUCAAAGGAAUCGUGACUGGAGAAGAACCCGAACCGUACAGGGAGCGUCCCAACGCGUCAUUAGUUAGAGACCCGUCCCAUCCAAACAGAAUGGUCUCGAAUAAACCAGCGAACAGGCCAUUCCUAGCGUAUAAAGAAUAUCGCGAAAAACAGAACCGAGUUCGUGAAGAGUGGUUGAAACGCAAGAAAGAACGUGACGAAAAGAUCGCACGAGGAGAAAAAGUUGGUCCUGAAGAGAAAGAUCCUACUGCUCAAGAGGAAGUCGGGUUAUUGGGGCUACUUAAAUUCAUUCUCAUCGUGAUUCUAUGCAUCACACUGGCGGGAAAGUUCAUUACUGGGAGUUUCAUUUGGGAGUAUGAUGGGAAAUGGAGUCGGUGGAGGACGUAUUUUCCCGAGCAAGGACAACGGUUGUUGUCUGAACGUCUACUGGCGGAGUUUGAUGGAAGGGUGCCGGGUCGUCCGAUCUACCUUGCAAUCGAUGGAGACGUUUACGAUGUAACGAAAGGGAAGGCAUAUCAACCAGGAGGGUCAUAUCACAUCAUGGCUGGAGUUGACGCAGCCCGGGCAUUCGGUACUGGUUGCUUUCAAACUCAUCGUACCCAUGAUCUGCGUGGGUUGAAUGAGGAUGAGUUAAGGGGUGUUGAACAUUGGAAGAAGUUUUAUCUUGAACACAAAGACUACUUCAAAGUGGGAAAAGUGAUUCAUCCACCCAUCGACCCGUCGAGCCCUAUUCCAGAACACUGUAAGCCUGGUAGGGCUGCUGCAGAAGAGGGCCCGAAGAAAUCUACACCCGAGGGACCUCAGAAAGCUCAGAUGAAAGCGGGAAGUUCGGGAGGGGACCUGUAA